AUGUUUUUGUUAGUGGCCCAUAGAAGUGUGGAUACUAUUUUAGCGGAUCUGUCAUUUUGGGGAAGUGACGAAAGCGACGUAGAGCGUGUUAGUGAUGAUAGUGCCUUUGAAAUAGAUUCUGAUGACAGUAAAUCUUCUACUUCUAGUGACGCUGAAGCCGACCGUAACGAAUUUCAAGAAGAGCCAUUAAAAUCUUGUAAUGUUGAUGAUGUUGUUAUAAAGAGAAGAGAUAAGAAACAGGGUGGUGGCAGAACAUUUACUAAGAAAAGAGAGCGUCCAUCUGCUGUCUUACCACCUGAAAUAAGGUUUGAUAGAACAUUAGAACAUGCUCCAAUUAAGUAUGAGAAUCAGGAGAAUGGUGUCGUUUUGAAAACUAUGAAUGAUCAAUUAUAUUAUCAAACAUUCAUCAAAGAAUAUUCUAUGACAUAUAGCUCAAUUUGUGGAGAAUUAACCAAACCUGUAAGUUUACGAGACUGUUACAUGAUUUUAAUGCUGGAUAAUCUUGUACUGUUAAAAUAUCACAAUGACCCAGAACCAGGUGAACAUCGCUCAAAACAAAUGUGUAUGUUACCAAUUACACUACAAGACAUCUCAAGAACAAGUGUAAAAAUUACAUGGCUUAGAAACUACCUCCAACAAGUCAUUGAUACUGACAUUGAAAAUAACGAGAAUAAAAAAGCUACAUCAGCUGUAGAGCAGAUCGCUGUCUUUGAUAUUUCUGAACAGGAGAAUGUUAGAUCAGGUGAGCAAGUGUGUGAUCAAGAGGAAGUGCAUUUUAAUCUUAAAGAUGUGUUGGAUGAAGAAGCAAACAGAUCAUUAUAUAAUUCAGAUGUGGAACUUGCUGCCAGCUUUGAUGAAUCUCUUCUUUAA